GCUAGAGGCUGUUGCUGGCCCUGGGAGUCGGAUCGCGCCCGGCUCUCCAAACCCAAGCGGGGGCGACGACCAAGUGGGUUUGGGUAGGUGGGCUGCCUGGGAAGGAAGAGGUAUUGCACGUGUAUUUUUGCUCCCCUUCGUCCUGGCGAUUUCUUUUGCCCCUUUCACAAAAUCGAGGGCCGGCAGUUUUCUCAUCACCCCCCAACCCCCACUAUUGUGAAUUGCUGCCAAGCUUGCAAACCUCCCACCCUCGUGGGUGGGGGUGGUUGGGUGACUUUAGCCAUGCAAGCUGCAGAACCUGUGCCUGCACCUGCCGCCCCAACAACAGCGAUGAAAGUGUCUGAGAGCGAAGGCAAGCUGGAAGCCUUGUCACCUGCCCAGAACUGCACCAGCAAGAGUAGCAGCAGCAGUGGAAUCAGCAGUUGCCGAGGAGGAGGAGGAGGUAGCACCAAAAGCUGGCAGUACAGUGAUCACAUGGAAAAUAUUUCUGGCUAUUUAAUGAAAUACACGAACCUCGUCACAGGCUGGCAAUAUCGGUUUUUUGUCUUAAACAAUGAAGCUGGCCUCCUGGAAUAUUUUGUGAAUGAACAAUCCAGAAAUCAGAAGCCUAGAGGGACUUUACAACUGGCUGGAGCUGUGAUAUCACCUAGUGAUGAAGACUCUCAUACUUUCACAGUGAAUGCUGCUAGUGGAGAACAAUACAAGCUGCGAGCUACUGAUGCUAAAGAACGGCAGCAUUGGGUGAGCAGACUUCAGAUUUGUACGCAGCACCACACUGAAGCAAUCGGAAAGAACAAUCCUCCUCUGAAAUCUCGCAGCUUCUCUCUUGCAUCUCAAGGAAGUGGUUCCCCAGGAGUGCAGAGAAGGCCCAGCCAGAACGCAGCUUCCUUUUUUAAUGUUGGUCAUCACAAAUUGCCAGGUGGAAAGAAAAUUUCUAUUCUGCAGCCAGAUCACUUAGCUGAAGUCAGAGAGAUGAUGUCUCGAGCUGAAGGACAACAGAGAGACUUGAUAAGAAGCAUAGAAUGCCUUCCUGCCUCUGGUCACAUUUCCUCCUUAGACCAAGACCUGCUGAUGCUCAAGGCGACUUCUUUGGCCACAAUGAAUUGCUUGAACGAUUGCUUCCACAUUCUCCAGAUACAGCAUGCAUCACAGCAGAAGGGAUCCCUAACUAGCGGGACGACAAUCAGCUGGUUGGAACCAAAGAUCUCCCUGCCAAACCACUUCAAAAAUGGAGCGGAUGAAAAUUUCACAGCAGAUCAAAACAAGCCAUCGUCUGUCAGAGAGGAGCAGUCCAUUUCAAGUUCCAGCGAGCUCAGCAUGGAGCCAGAGGAAAUAAACCCGGACGAAGAAGUGGAAGAUACCUGUGAUAAUAAAGAGGAUGACCUCGGCGCUGUGGAAGAGCAGCGUAGUGUUAUUUUGCAUCUCCUGUCUCAGCUCAAGCUGGGCAUGGAUUUAACAAGAGUGGUUCUUCCUACUUUUAUUUUAGAGAAACGCUCGUUGCUGGAGAUGUAUGCAGAUUUCAUGUCCCAUCCAGACCUUUUCCUUGCAAUUGCAAAUGGCUCUAGCCCUGAGGAGAGGAUGAUUCGUUUUGUUGAGUAUUACCUCACGUCCUUUCAUGAAGGUCGGAAAGGGGCAAUUGCGAAAAAACCCUACAAUCCAAUAAUUGGGGAGACAUUUCACUGCUCAUGGAAAAUGACCAAGAGCCAAGUACCAUCGGACACAAAUAGUAACUCUUCGUCUCAUUCCCUGUCUGAACAAGUGACUGCCUCAGAAGAGUCACAGGGCCAAGCAGAGUCGGACUACUACACAGUCAGAUUUGUAGCAGAACAAGUGUCCCAUCAUCCUCCAGUCUCAGGGUUUUAUGCUGAAUGUGCAGAGAGGAAAAUGUGUGUUAAUGCUCAUGUCUGGACAAAAAGUAAAUUCCUGGGAAUGUCAAUAGGAGUGACAAUGAUUGGUGAAGGUAUUUUAAGUCUCUUGGAACACGGAGAGGAAUAUACAUUUUCUCUGCCUUGUGCGUAUGCUCGGUCAAUUCUGACCGUACCUUGGGUAGAACUAGGAGGAAAAGUCAAUGUUAAUUGUGCAAAAACAGGAUAUUCUGCAAGUAUUACUUUCCAUACCAAACCGUUCUAUGGUGGCAAGCUUCACCGGGUUACUGGUGAGGUGAAGCAUAAUGCUUCCAACACUGUGGUCUGUAGAGUUCAAGGAGAGUGGAAUAGUGUCCUUGAGUUUACUUACAGCAAUGGCGACACAAAAUACAUGGAUUUGACAAAAUUGUCUGUGACAAGAAAACGAGUACGGCCCCUUGAGAAACAAGGACCAUUUGAGUCUCGAAAACUCUGGCAACAUGUGACUGAGUCCCUGAGGGAAGGGGACAUCGAUAAGGCAACGGAACAUAAAAAGGCAUUGGAGGAACGGCAGAGGAGUGAAGAGAGACACCGAGCUGAGACAGGCACACCGUGGCAUACCAAGCAUUUUCACAAAGAGGGAGAGGGCUGGAUUUAUUAUAACCCUCUUUCGAAAAGUGCGCUUGCUGAACAAAAUCCACCAGUGGACACAAAUUAGAAGGCAUGUCUUCAAAGUGAUUCUUCUCUCUUGUCUAAUCCCUACAACUUCCAAAAUGCUGUAUUUCUCUAAGAGUCCUUUGGGAUUCUUAUGCAAUUGCACAAAAUUAAAUAAGCAUAAAAGGAAUAAAACUGCUAGGGCACUUUAAAGCUGCAGAAAAUCAAAAGGUAGAAAGAGAGAGAGAAAGAACUUUGCCAGGUAUGUGCUUCUUUUUCAACAGAACUUUUUAUAUGGCUUUGAAGAUUUUAUUGUAUCUAUUGUGUUCUUUCUAAGCACACCCUCCUGCAAAGCUGCCUAAGAUCUUUAAAAAAAAGACCUCCUCCUUUAAGCAGCAGCAUUCAGAGCUGCUACGCUGUCUUGUCCAAGUUAAUUUUCCUGUGGAGAGAUACCUGAACAGUUUUCACAGGCUAUGUUUCAGUCUCUGCCCAUUUCUGAACUUCAGUACCCAGAUAAAGAGAAGCCAGAUUUUGCUGCUCUGAAUUACCCACACUGAAAAACUUGAAGAGGAGACUUUUCAGAAGUUAAACUUGGAAUCAGUGUUAUGAACCAUCUGGAUCAGGACUUGACACUUUAAAAAAAUAUCAGUGAAAAUGUAUGUGUGUCUGUGGGAAAAUGAGUGAUUCAUCUCAACUGCCUUUUAAAAACUUUUCCUCAGUAGAUUAGAAUUGUAACUGUGGGGUUUUCUCUACGUUUCAGAGUUGACUCAAGCCAAGAAGAACGGUGGGGGGGAGGGAAGAUUCUU